CAUUCAACGUUAUCCACUAAGAUCGAUGUAUCGGGGCAGAUAGCUCAGAGUAUGCUCAUCCGUUUAACAGUGAGACGUGGCACAAGGCCCUCGAGCCUCUCCCUACCUUUUAUUCCCAUCCAGCACUACCUAUUCCACAUGCCUCAGAAUGCUUCAGAUUGGACAGACGACGAUUUGUUUGGUGGUUCGAGCUCUACGACCAAGGUGAGUAUCCUAUCAGAUACGGAUUUCUCUUCCAAAAUUUCAAACAAGGAACCCCACAACAUUAGUGUGAGGCUUUUUGACCCGGUCAAGACCUCCAUCUUCCGAAAACUAUACAAUAACAGGUUACGGAAGGGCGCUCGUGAAUCGCACGCCAAGUUUGAGUUUGGGGGCGUCACCUGCCAUCUUUCUGGCUCAGAAUUUGGUCAUGUAAAACAGCUUCGGUCCAGAUUAAACCAAUGGGUGGCAGAGUUUCGUACGAGACUGAAAGUCAUUUCCAUCAGAAAAGAAUACGUUCCAUUGUUUAAGGAUGGUUUAAAAUUGGAAGGUAUUACAAUAUUCAUGCCUCCAGAGACAGGGGCUAAGUCACUUGCUUUAAAGAACCGCUUGCAUUUCUACAACCUGGGUGAGGCCACCAUUUUAUUGCAACGUCCUCGCGCCAUGAACGAACAAGACUUUACCAAGUUGUUUGAAGCCACGUUGCAAAAAGUAAAUGACGUUACUUCCAAUGCCAUUGUUAUGCUGAUCGAGGCAUACUAUAAGGAAAAUCUAUACGGAGCGGGAGAUUGGUUCGUAAAGGGAUUGAUCCAACGGUAUGGUGUUUCUGUAUCCAUACAGAGAUCAGGCCGCAAUACGCACACACUUUACGUCACAGGUGCCAAUAGAACCGCUGUCAGGGAGGCGGCUACAAUGUUAAGAGGUAAAUACCAUGCAUUGAAGGAUUCCGUCAAGCAUUUAUCGCUUGGCCCACAUCGCAAGUCGACGAAGGAAUGGAAGACGUUCACGAGAGAGUUGGAGCGAAUCCAAGAUGUUACUAGCACCGACAUCUCCGUGAGUGAAGCAGAAAUUUUAAUAAGACGUAAAACCGACAACCUGUUUCUUCAAGAUGCCUAUGACAUGGUCGAAAAACGUAUUGCCAAAUUGAAGGGUUUGGUUGUUUCGCCAGUGCAAAACGCGCAGUCUUCGAUGUCAGAUAUCGCUGAGCGAAUGUUCAAUGGCCGAAUCGCACAUACUCUGACUUUGUUGAUACCGGAGUAUCAUACACCGCUCAUUAAGGGUCCUGGCCUCUCGAAUAUCAAUGUAUUAAUUGAAACGUAUGGGGUGAAUAUUGAAUUUGACAAUUAUGAUUCAAGCCAGGUUACCGGCUCGGCCAGCGAUUUCAGGAAAAUCAAGAUAUACGGGACCGAUCCUGAACAGGUACGGCAAGUCGAAACCAUUCUCAACCAGAAGGUUGCGCGGUUGUCUCAAAAAUCCAAGCCUUGCGUGGUUGAGGUUCCCGAUGAGUACUUCCAUGCAUUUAUGGCUAACAAAGGCCGGUUACUCCAUUCCGUUGAAGAUGCCACCAAAACGCGAAUUACCAAGCAGGAAAAAGACAUCUACCCGAUGAAGUCUCAUGUCAUUAACAAGUCCCAUACACUCCGGAUUUCCGCUGAUAAUGAUGCAGACAUCAACUUAGCACUGGAAGUGUUACGCAAAAUGAUUGAUAAUUUUGACAAGAAUUCAGUGGUAUGCAAACUUCCAUUAAAUAUAACCCCUCAAAUCCAAGCUUUCUCCAUACACAAUAGUCAUUUGAUGGGUAUCUAUAACGUGUUAAGAAAUGCCUCCGCAAAGUACUCCGACCUAAAGGGGGUAUACCUUGGGUUCCGGAGAGUGGACCAGGAUGUUGUCAUCACUUCUACAAGGGCAAAUAAUGAAACAAACAUACAACGAAUGAGAAAGAUCGCCCUGAGACUUAUCCUGAGACAUCUUUCGCCCAAGAACUUCUACAUAUUUACCCAUAUCUCGCGGAGAGUGGCCUACCCGUUAAUCGGCCAAAAUGCCCUCAACGUUUUGAAAAUUCGAGAUCAAACUGGCGCGAUGAUCGAGUUUACUGAUGAAUUGACUGAACUGAUACACGAAUACAAGGAGAAGUUAUCGCCGUUUGUCAAUAUUAUUGUCUACGGACCGACCAAGCAUGCUCUUCAAAGCGGUGUAACCGAAAUCCGCGCGCGCUUGGACACUAUCACUAAGGAUUCGGUUCAUAUUCCUCUUGCUCCUGUACUUUUACCGCUCAACCCUCGAGUGAUGCGUUGCUUGGCCACCAUAAAGUAUGGAUUUGGCCUCAUUGACAUGCAAAGGCUAAAUCCGAGCUUAACCAUCACUUGGACUUCUGACUCCUCAUCCCCGGUAAUCGUUGUUCAUAGCAAUGAUGGGGUUGGACGAGAUCAAAGCUUAAUGGCAGUUAAAGAAAUGGUCUGCCACAAUAUCACUUCUAUCAACUCAAAUAUUCGGGCAUUGAGAAUACACCAAACCCAUAUAGCCGCAUUGCUUGGACCCAAAGCCGUUAAUCUUCAGAAAUUGAUCGACGAUACCGGGUGCAUGUUUUACAUGGAUAAUAAUAAUACCGUUUCAGUACAGCCGGACAGGGUGAUUACUUUUGGAAGCGACCUUACCCUGACUGAAAGUUCUGGAAAUGCUAGUGAUUUCGUCACCUUUAUAGUUACCGGGAAUGACAAAUCCCGGGUUGAUCUGGCCAUCAAGACGCUUGAACGGAGGUUACAUGCUCUGGUGUCUAAGGGACAAUAAAUAACCGUUGUAAUGUUCUGUGGACUGAGAUUUGUAGCUCUACUUGUAAACUUUCUGGUUGCACAUUCUGCUGGCUAAU